AUGGUGUACAAGGCGAAAUUAUCCUUCGGGGACGUGGUAGCGGUGAAACGAGCCAAGGCGGACCGGAAGCAGGACGCGGGGAAAUUCCGAAAGGAGAUCGAGCUGUUGUCUCGGGUCAGCCAUAAGAACUUGGUGCGACUGGUGGGGUACUGCAGGGAGGGAGGCGAGCAGCUGCUGGUGUAUGAGUAUGUGGCGGGAGGGAACUUGCCCCAGAACCUCAACCCCACCUGGAGAGAACCCCAUUCUUUCCCGCUUAUCCCCUCCGCUCUCCCCUCCCUUUGCCCUCUCUCCCAACCAACCCCACAGGCCACAGCCGUCCCCCACUCAACUGGACGGAGCGGUUACUCAGCGGGCACGGCACGAGGACUAGCGUAUCUGCACGAGGAGAUCAACGUGCCGUUCAUCCACCGGGAUGUGAAGCCCAGCAACAUCAUGAUUGACCGGCACGUUGUGGCUAAGAUCGCUGAUUUCGGCACGACCAAGCCCAUGACUCCGGAAGAGCUGAGGAAGAUGUCAGUCACCAUCCAAGGAACCACUCCCAGCAACAUCAUGAUUGACCGGCACGUGGUGGCCAAGGUUGCUGACUUUGGCACUUCCAAGCUUGAGGAGGUGCAGAAGAUGUCAGUAACCAUCCAAGGCACCUCUGUGAGUGCUCUUGAGAGUGCUUGUUGUGAGUGCUUACGGGUAGUUGAGUGGUGUGUGAGUCCAGUUCCACUUGCUGACUUUGGCACAUCCAAGCCCAUGACUCCGGAAGAGCUGAGGAAGAUGUCGGUCACCAUCCAAGGCACCACUCACUCCUCGAAGCGCAUCAACGUGUACUCGCUGGGCAUUGUGCUGUUGCUCGAACUGCUUACUGGCAAGGGUCCUCUCUUUCGCCCCCUCUUCCCCCACACUCCCCCCCUUCCCUUCCCCCUCACCCACUGCAACCCUGACUACCAGCAGCAUGCCCUUCCUUUAUAUGUUUCCCCCUCCUUGUUUCUUCUCCACCCUCCCCCCCACCCCCAGGGCUACUAUGACCCGGACUAUCUGCGCAUAGGGCACUCCUUGAAGCGCAUCGACGUGUUACCAGUGUGCGGGGCAACCCCGACUUCUAACCAUGGCUACUACGACCCGGACUAUCUGCGCACGGGGCACUCGUCGAAGCGCAUCAACAUGUUACCGUACCAGUGCUACUGCGACCCGGACUAUCUGCGCAUGAGGCACUCCUCGAAGCGCAUCGACGUGUACUCGCUGGGCAUCGUUCUGCUCGAACUGCUCACCGGCAAGGGUCCGCACAAAGUCAAGCGCCCCUACCGAUUCGAUGCAAAGGAUCGGUUUGACAGAGGGGGUCUACCGGCCAUCGUAGAUCCAACCAUGGGGCUGUACCCUGCGGACGAGCUGCACCACGUCUUCGACUUUGCCUUGCGCUGCACCGCACUCAACCGCUACAAACUCGCCUUUCUCCCGUUCCCUUUCCCCAGGCAAAGAAUCGGUGAAGGAUCGGUGAAGGAUCGGUUUGACGAAGGGGGUCUACCAUCCAUCAUAGACCCAACCAUGGGGCUGUACCCUGCAGACGAGCUGCACCACGUCUUCGACCUUGCACUACGCUGCACUGACAUCCAGAACCCCGCUGCGCUGCGCUGUACCGCAGUGAAGGAUCGGUUUGACGAAGGGGGUCUACCAUCCAUCAUAGACCCAACCAUGGGGCUGUACCCUGCAGACGAGCUGCACCACGUGAAGGAUCGGUUUGACGAAGGGGGUCUACCAUCCAUCAUAGACCCAACCAUGGGGCUGUACCCUGCAGACGAGCUGCACCACGUGAAGGAUCGGUUUGACGAAGGGGGUCUACCAUCCAUCAUAGACCCAACCAUGGGGCUGUACCCUGCAGACGAGCUGCACCACGUGAAGGAUCGGUUUGACGAAGGGGGUCUACCAUCCAUCAUAGACCCAACCAUGGGGCUGUACCCUGCAGACGAGCUGCACCACGUGAAGGAUCGGUUUGACGAAGGGGGUCUACCAUCCAUCAUAGACCCAACCAUGGGGCUGUACCCUGCAGACGAGCUGCACCACGUGAAGGAUCGGUUUGACGAAGGGGGUCUACCAUCCAUCAUAGACCCAACCAUGGGGCUGUACCCUGCAGACGAGCUGCACCACAUCUUCGACCUUGCACUACGCUGCACUGACAUCCAGAACCCCGCUGCGCUGCGCUGUACCGCAGUGAAGGAUCGGUUUGACGAAGGGGGUCUACCAUCCAUCAUAGACCCAACCAUGGGGCUGUACCCUGCAGACGAGCUGCACCACGUGAAGGAUCGGUUUGACGAAGGGGGUCUACCAUCCAUCAUAGACCCAACCAUGGGGCUGUACCCUGCAGACGAGCUGCACCACGUGAAGGAUCGGUUUGACGAAGGGGGUCUACCAUCCAUCAUAGACCCAACCAUGGGGCUGUACCCUGCAGACGAGCUGCACCACGUGAAGGAUCGGUUUGACGAAGGGGGUCUACCAUCCAUCAUAGACCCAACCAUGGGGCUGUACCCUGCAGACGAGCUGCACCACGUGAAGGAUCGGUUUGACGAAGGGGGUCUACCAUCCAUCAUAGACCCAACCAUGGGGCUGUACCCUGCAGACGAGCUGCACCACGUCUUCGACCUUGCACUACGCUGCACUGACAUCCACAACCCCGCUGCGCUGCGCUGUACCGCAGUGAAGGAUCGGUUUGACGAAGGGGGUCUACCAUCCAUCAUAGACCCAACCAUGGGGCUGUACCCUGCAGACGAGCUGCACCACGUCUUCGACCUUGCACUACGCUGCACUAACAUCCAGAACCCCGCUGCGCUGCGCUGUACCGCAGUGAAGGAUCGGUUUGACGAAGGGGGUCUACCAUCCAUCAUAGACCCAACCAUGGGGCUGUACCCUGCAGACGAGCUGCACCACGUCUUCGACCUUGCACUACGCUGCACUAACAUCCAGAACCCCGCUGCGCUGCGUUGUACCGCAGUGAAGGAUCGGUUUGACAGAGGGGGAUUACCAUCCAUCGUGGACCCAAUUAUGGGCCUUUACCCUGCAGACGAGCUGCACCAUGUCUUUGACCUCGCCCUUCGAUUCACCGACAUCCAGAACCCUGCUGUCUUGCGAUGUACCGUAAAGGACAGGUUUGACACAGGGGGUCUGCCAUCCAUCGUAGACCCAACCAUGGGGCUGUACCCUACAGACGAGCUGCACCACGUGUUUGACCUCGCUCUUCGCUGCACCGACAUCCAGAACCCUACCGCCCGCCCCUCCAUGUCCCGAGUUGUGGCUGAGCUAGAGGUUGUUCUUGAGCCGGAGGCGAUUUCCCGCUUCAUUUCCUCCGGACCGCCGUCUCAUGAUUCGGCAGACUUCCGUACCGUGCCGUCAGGCUCGGGAGCUGGCCCGGGUGGGGCGGGGCUGACGCGGUUUGCCGGAGCUAGGAAGCAGGUGGGGCAGGGUGGUGGAGAAGGGGGGAGAGGUUCGGCGGCAGCAGGCUCGGGGGUGGAAGGUUUGGCAGUGGGAGGUACCGCAGGUGCAGCAUUGGCUGCAGCAAUCAGCUCUGCCUCUCCUUCUCGUUCUGACGCUGGUGAUUCUCCUCUCACCCCAGACCCCCCUAUCCCUCCUAACCGCUCUCAACCGCAACCCACCCCUGCUUGUUAUGCGCCUCUUCCUCCUCCAUCCUCGAAAAGAACACCGGGACCCCCAGCAUUCAAGGGCAGAGCAGUAGGGGUAGCAGCAGCAGGUGCUGCUGAGGCCACUGGUGGGGAUAUCCGGGAUAUGAGGGAUAGAGAGCUUGAUGGUGCUUGUGUUCCAACAGGUCCAAAUGAUCCAAGAAGCACUGGCAGAGCUUAUGUUGUGAGUCACGACGUAGGCGUGCAGAUGAAACCUGCACCAGUUGCCGCCUUCCGAGGGGCGUCGGCAGCUGCUGGGGGGGGCGCAACUGGAGCAGGUGACAUUGUAGCAGGCGCAAGUGGUGGGAAUGCAGGUGGAAUUGGUGGUGGCGGUGGUGUUGCUGCUCCUAAUCAAGAAUACAGAGCAGGAGAGGGAUUUGGUGAGGGAGGUGGUGGAGGUGAGAGGGGUGAGGGGGGAUAUGAGGAGGGCUUGGAUGCGUCGUUUGAUUCUAGCAGAUUUGAUCGUAGCGGGGUGUUUAGUUAUGGGGCCAUGCCGCCGGCUUAG